AUGUCUUGCCAUCAACAUCAGUAUAAGCAGCCUUGCCUGCCUCCUCCUUGUGCAAAGACCUGUUCUCCAUGUGUGAAGACAUGCUCCUCUCAAUGUAUGGAUCCCUGCCAGCCAUGCACUCUCAAGUGUGUGGAUCCCUGCAACCCAUGUGCUCCCAAGUGUGUGGACCCCUGCAACCCAUGUGCUCUGAAGUGUGUGGACCCCUGCAACCCAUGUGCUCCCAGGUGUGUGGAUUCCUGCAACCCAUGUGCUCCCAAGUGUGUGGACCCCUGCAACCCAUGUGCUCUGAAGUGUGUGGACCCCUGCAGCCCAUGUGCUCCCAGGUGUGUGGAUUCCUGCAACCCAUGUGCUCCCAGGUGUGUGGACCCCUGCAACCCAUGUGCUUCCUCAAAGUGUGUGCAGCCUUGCUACCCAUGUCCUCCUCACCAGUGUAUAGAGGUCUGUCACCCACAAAAGGUUCAGGAGCUG